AUGGCGUCUGUCAACUCGUCAGCAUUCCUCAAUGCCUUCCGAGGGCUGAGAAUUUGUGCUUCGGUACCCCUGCGACAGAUUCGAACUCCUAUUUUACGUCAAUCAAGGACUCUCGAGGCGGCAGGGCGGCUCCCAAAUGUCCGGGCUUUUUCUACCACAUCCCCCGUCCUCGGGACGUGGCUGGAACCAAGUUUGAACAGAAAGAAGAAGAUGGCCAAGGGUCGCCCGCGAGUAGCUACGGGCGGAUCAACAAAGGGCACCACUGUCAUUUGGGGCGACUAUGGUCUGCGCAUGAUUGACCACCACAGAAGAAUCAGCGCCAAGCAAUUGAAGAUGGCUGAGGACACAAUCAAAGUGCGACUUCGAGGCGAGAAAUACCGAUUGUACAAGCGAAAGUGUUGCAAUGUCGGUGUCUACGUCAGCGGUAACGAGAUGCGUAUGGGUAAAGGCAAAGGUUCCUUUGAUCACUGGGCGACGAGAAUGGCCGUGAGCCAGGUGCUUUUUGAGAUCAAGGGGCGAAUUCACGAGCAGAUUGUAAGAGAUGCUUUCCGUCUGGCAGGAAACAAGUUGCCUGGCCAGUGGGAAUUUGUCAAGAAGGGCGACGCUCCGGUUGUUGGGAUUACGAAGUUGGAUGGAACUACUUUGGAGGAUUUGAAGCGACCGAGGAGACAAAUCGCACCGACCGAAUUGCUUCAGGCCUCUGCUCCUACGCCUGUUACCGAAGCUGGCAGCACGAGUGACGCUUCUCGUUCGCCGUGA